AUUUACUUGCUUUUUUUGUAUUAGUAUCAAGAUGGAGACCUCGUUUACUAUCAAAAGAACAUAUCUACUCCGCCCCUAGAAUUGUUUUCGUUUCAAUCGUCAUUAUUGUCGUCGUAUACCACCUACACGUUCACGUGCAAGAACAUUUUUUUUCAAAUUGAAAUUCGUCCUAUCCGUCCCGUCGUCAUCUAGUCUUGUCGUAUUUUUAGGUGUCGUGCAUGCACCCUUCCCAAAUAGAGAUAUCCCUCUGAAAGUUUUUGCGGACUACCAACAAGCAGGAUUGCAGGAGCGCCCUCCCUUUCCUACACGCUUCAGUAUUGCUAGCACUGCUAGUAUCAAUUUUUCUCGAAGAUUAAGGUUAAGGCUAAGCUUCUUCAAGAGGUGUCUUUCAUCUGCUUCUUACAGUAAGAAGAUGAUCAAGUUCACGCUGUCCGUCAUCACAUGGUGGGGCGAGGAGUUUUCGGACUCUGAAGCAAAGGUCAUCAAGGCGGGCGUCCCAUUUUUACAUGACGAGAUGAACAGCGAAAAAAUGUUCUCGCACCGAUCGUCGCACGACCAGCGGUUCAUCACGGCGACCACAAGCACCAAGAUCCUGAGCAGGAACGAACCCGCGAAACUGGGGAAGUUUGCGAGAUCCAGUUCUUUCUCUACUUCUGCGUCCUCUACUCUCACCUCUGCGGGAACGCGCGAGACGAAGAAGGAAUAUGACACGUUGUUUACGCAGAGGAAGGCGGGCCAGGACCUGCACGCGACGACGAGCCAGGAUGAGGAUCGUGGCCGUGCGAGUCUGAAGGACGAAUAG